UGUGAUAAUUUGAUAGUUUGUAUGGACACGCCAACAAUUCUCUCACGUGAUACAACAAUGGUUGAAGAUGAGAACAAAUAUAUAGCCCUUGACCUUGACGGCGAUGACUAUGGUUUACUAUCUACGACAAGUUUUUUCUCUCAGGCAUCCGAGCAUGAGCAGAAUGUUGAUGAGCCUAUUGGCGUUGAAAAUGGUGAAGAUAAGCCUAUUGCCACGAAGGGACGACCAACACAAGCUACCAGAAUUAAGUCCGGAAUUGAGAUAGCACAAGAAAAGAGUAUAAAAAACAAAGAUUUUGUGGAUUUUAUGAAAAAUGUUACAGGUGGUGAUCGAGAAAGGUAA